CAGAGAGAGGAGAAGAGAGGAGACCACACCACACCACACUGAAAUGGAGCACACUCUAAUGGUCAAGCCAGAGACGCUGGAUGAUCUGAUUAAAAUUCUCCACCAAAUUUUCGAAAGUGACAAUGUCAAUGUUGAGGAGGUGCAGAGUAUUAUGGAGGCAUACGAAAGUAAACCACAAGAAUGGAAGAAAUUUGCAAAAUUUGACCAAUACAGGUAUACCAGAAAUCUCGUCAAUGAGGGCAACGGCAAGUUUAACCUUAUGAUUCUGUGCUGGGGUGAAGGCCAUGGCAGUAGUAUCCAUGACCAUACAGACUCGCACUGCUUCCUGAAGCUUCUGCAGGGCCAGCUGAAAGAGACUCUGUUUGAAUGGCCUGAUGGUAAAGCACAUGAUGAAAUGAUCCAAAAAUCUCAGCAUAUAUUGCGGGAAAACCAGUGUGCUUACAUUAAUGAUUCCAUCGGCCUGCACCGGGUAGAGAACGUCAGUCACACAGAAUGUGCAGUCAGCUUGCACUUGUAUAGCCCUCCUUUCCAGCAUUGCCAGACAUUUGACCAGCGAACGGGACAUAAGAACACUGUCAAAAUGACAUUCUGGAGUAAAUUUGGCAAGAAGACGCCACUUGAAACUACAAUCUCCCAAGAAAAUAACUGAGAAUGGGGAAGACAGAACUUUACAUUCAUAAAUGUAUAUAUCAGGCAUGAUUAAAAAAGCAAAGGUGACAUCACUUUUUUUCGUAAUGCAAAGUAAUGAUUUGAACUUUUAAGUACAUUUGCAAAGGACGUGUGGAAUAGGGACUCAGUAAUUCAAGAGGAUUUGUCAUGGCCCAGUGUAAGCUUGGCAAAUGCUUAGAACACAUAAUAAGGGGCCUGAAUAACAGAAUGUGGCUGGACUGCCUCACCAGUCUGUUCUUUGUUCACUAGUUUUGAGAAAAGUCUUAACAGCAUUCCUAAGCGUCUGUGACCUGUGUAAUGAUACUUUUGUACUCUUAUUAGGCCUGAACAUGUAAUUUUUGAAGAUGGUAUUUUAAUUUUUUUUUGCAUUGUGGUCCCAAAAAAAAAAUUACCUAAAAAGGCUGUUUUUAAAUGCAAUACCUUUCUGUAAAAUGGAGCAAUUUCUAUGAUGUGUGUUCAUUUUAGUGUAAACUGGCAUAGUUUACAACCUCAACAUUGUAACAU